CCUCCGCCGCCUGUUGGUCUUUCACAGUUGGUGACGAGUGUUAUGAAAAUGGCCUCGACCCUGCCCGUGAGCACGAACAACCGGAGAAGAUGACGGCGCUGAGCAGUUUACGGCAGACGAACAGCGAAGUGGCUCUGAACACGUAGGUAGCGGCGCAGUACGCGAGAACCGAGAGACUACCGCCGGAGAAGCGACCGAGAGCAGCGCGGACCGCGGCGUUUCUUCGUGGGGCUGGGGAUCCACCAUGGAGGAUAUCAACUCAAAUAUCAACGCGGACCUGGAGGUGCGGAAGCUCCAGGACUUGGUGAAGAAACUCGAGCAGCAGAACGAGCAACUCCGCAGCAGGUCCACGAUGUUGUCCUCGUCCGGGGCGAUGUCGGGGAACCACAGACCGCUCAGCGCCGGCUACGACUCCGCCUCGCUGGCGGCCGGGCUGGCCGGCUUCCCUGGGGUGGGGUUCGUCGGUGCGGGCGGCUACGGCGGACUGCUGGAGAACAGCCGCUGCCUGAGCCCCAGACUGUCGUACGACGGCAUCAGCUUCAGGAGGGCGUACGAGUGCGAGGGGGCAUCGGCGGCCACCUCGGUGUCGGCCAAGAACUCCCUCUAUUCGGACCCCGCGGGCAGCUGCUCGGACGAGGGGGAGACGUCCAUCCUGGACGAAGUUGAAAUCCUAGACCUCGAGGACAUGGACUGCCUGAACGAGGACGAGGACAGCUGGUUAUAUGAGGCAAAGCUGGACAGUCCACUGCAAAAAACCCUCAGCCCCAUCGUGUGGUGCCGCCAGGCCCUGGACCACCCCAGCCCUGAGAUGGAGUCAGCCAAGCGCUCUCUGAUCCACAGACUGGACCUCACCAUGUCAGCCAACAAGCGCAGGAGCCUGUACGGGAGCCCCUACAACCAGCAGGGCUACGGAAGCCCCUACAGCACAAACGCAGCCAACAGCCCCUACAGCAGCGGCUUCAACUCGCCGUCGUCGACCCCCUGCAGGGUGCCCAUCGUCCGACAGCAGCUGAUGCCGGGCAGCGCAGCACACCAGCGGAACCCGGCCGCGGAGAGGAACCCGCCGGCGGUGAGCCCGCAGUCGUCGGUGGACAGCGAGCUGAGCACGUCCGAGAUGGACGAGGACUCGGUGGGCUCGUCCACCACCUACAAGCUCAACGAUGUCACUGACGUCCAGAUUCUAGCGCGCAUGCAGGAAGAGAGUUUGAGGCAGGAGUACGCGGCGACCGCGUCCAGGCGGAGCUCGGGCUCGUCCUGCCACUCGCUGCGGCGCAGCACCUUCAGCGACCAGGAGCUGGACGCGCACAGCCUGGAGGACGAGGAGGAGGCGGUGCACCCGGCCUUCCACCUGCCCUCCAGCCGCUUCAGCCCCUCGCCGCGCCACUCCCCCCGCGUGUCCCCCAGGAACUCCCCCCGCUCGCGCUCCCCCGCCCGCUCCAUGGACUACGGCCACAGCCGCGGCUCGCCGCAGCCCAUCAUCAGCCGCCUGCAGCAGCCCCGCCACUCGCUGCAGGGCCACGGGCACGACGUGCAGACCAACGUGGUGAAGAGCGAAGAGAAGCUGCGCCGCAGUCUUCCCAACCUCACGCGCUCGUCGGCGGCAGCCGUUCAGGCCCCGGAGCCCGUCAAGAACAGCCGCAGCUGCGAGUCCAACCUGCAAGUGCCCAACGGCGGCUCCCCCCGGCACCAGAACCAGUCUGCGACAGCGGUUCCACUCCCGAGACAUUUGACCCCUUCCCGCUCCACCCCAAAACCCAAACAGCAGCUCCAAAGCCCAACUACCCUGAGAGUCCCACUCUCCUGUUGCUUUGGAGAAGAAGGUGAUUUUAUUCCUUCUCCCAGCAAGCUGCGAACCCCAGCCACCCCGUCCCCGCUGGCGUUGAGGCAGCCGGUCAAGGCCACGGCCAACCCCAGCUCCGCCGCGUCCACGCCCACCCGCUCCCUGGCUCCCCCACGCAGCGGCCUGCCCCGGCCCUCGGCCUCUGCCGGAGGGGGCAUCCCUCUGCCCCGCAGCAAACUGGCCCAGCCUGUGCGCAGGUCUCUUCCUGCUCCUCGGACCUUAAGCGGCACCGGUGAAAACUGGAGAGAAGGUUGUUACUGAGGUGGGCCAGCAGUCAAAGUACGAGGCAGACACUUCAACAUGGCACUUUACCCUAGAGAAAUUUAACGAGAUGAGAGAGAGAGACACACAGUAUCCCAAAAUAAAUACAGUUCCGAUUUAAAAAGAAGAGGAUUGUGUGUCCAUUGUGUCAAAAAGCCCUCCCAUCAUGUUUGUGUGUGGGGACUGGCUCUGGACGGGUCCGGCAUGCAGCGCAGACAGCCCAGGAAAUGCCAAAGAAACCAGCCCGGCUCCAGCCUUGUUCUCUGCAGCCAUCAGUCAGACGGUCUCAUCGCUACAUCGCGCAGCUUUCCUCCCAAACCCGGCGCCCCGUCUCCUUCGCCUCCCUCAGGUCGAAAUGUUUCCGCACAUUUCUCUCUUCACGCCCUGUGUUUGCAGAUGUUGGUGAGCGAUCUCUGUGAUGACGCUGUGCGGAUGAACUGUCCUGUAACGUCUUGCGACCGUGAAAGCACAUCUGUGUGGGUAUGUUUCUGAAUCGUUCCUCUUGUAAAUCAGCCAGAAUGUAUGCAAAAGUUUGUUUUGGAAAUUAUUUAUUCAAAUUAUUUAAGAAGUGUGUCCAAACAUCCAUAUCAGUAUUUUGUUUUAGGGAUUCCGAUGUUUCACAUGUGCAUUUUGAACCUCAACUGCAAGCUAACUCUCCAAAGUCUUUUUUUAAUUUCGUGUGCAGUCAGAGCUUGUUGAACCUGGGUGGUUAGCGACACCUCGGCAAAAGCCUCAGGUCUGAUCAGCCUCCACUUUCUCAUUCAAGUGCUUCGGACUUUCUGCAUCUGUUGAGAAAGAAACCCGAGCUCAGAAACAUGUUUUGCCGAAUCUCACCCAGUCAAUUAAAAAAAAAAACAGUGAUGUGCUUUGUUAAAUCCCCAUAACAGGUUUAUCAGUGUGUAUCAUUGAUGCCAUGAAAAAAAAUUAUUGCAAAAACAUGUUUCCAUUGGCUUUUGCCGGUGUUGGGGCAGGUGUCCUGGUUUUUGGGUUGGUGGGUCUUGAACUAGUGCCUAUAAUUUAAAGUUUCACUCGAGUUCAAACAUAUUUGGUUUGUUCAUUGUGCCAAUUCCUGGAUUUGCCUUUCGUUAUUUGUAACUCUGCAUCUAUGCUUGACUGAUUUGCUUGCCUCUUUGUUUUGUAACUGAAUCAAAACGUUUAUAAUUGCUUUAAAAAUGUUUCAAAUGCGCCUUCAUAUUUAUAACAUAUUGAUUACUCAUUGUGUAAAUGAAACUAUUUAUUAAAGAGAGAGGUGCCUCUGUCAAAGCUCAGACUCUUUGGGAAGCUAGAACAAAUGUUGCAAAAAGACAUGCCACACCUUUUGUGUGAAUGUUUUUGUUAUUGACCUUUUUUUUAUAUCCACAAACAUGACAUUCAGUUUCCCUGUGUAAAGUCACAUUUCAAAUAAAAGCAGAACGGAUGCUUGUCUUCUUUGCA